UAUAUGAACGGAAAAAAAGAACAAAUCACUUUAGGAAGUGAUCCGUUCACUCUCGUUCACUCAAAAGAUUUGUUCUUUUUAAACGAGUCGUUCACUGACGAGCCAACACUGAAAGCGUGACGUAGUGGCAGUUGGUAGCAGUUUGUUUUGCUAUCAAGCUACAGUAAGAACUCUCCGAUGUUGGCUAAGUUUAGCUUUACUUGCUGGUCAGCGUGUCUCCCCGACAGCAGAGAGGACAUAUAGGUCGACGAAUUUGACAGCCUGUUCAAGCACGUCGAGAAUGUCUUUCCCGACAGGACAGGGAUGAAGAUGAUAAUAUGGCGAGUCGUGGCAUUGUGGCUAUCUUUGUCACUACUAAGUUGGUGCUAUGAUGAGAGGACCAGGACCUGCCCAUUUUACAUCAGCAACAGGUUCCCUAACUGCCAUGUUGAUUGCACAGAGCCAGACCAGGAGGCCCAAAGGUCUGAGCCUCGGCAGGACAUCGAUUUGGAGGGCGAGUCAGGGGACUCUCAUCAGGAAGACGAGGCGGGUGAGAGCUUGGCUUCGCACCUCCAGUCGUACAGAAAUGAACAGUCACAAGGGGAUCAUCAAAAAGAAGAGCAGUCCACUCAAACGGUGGACAAAGAAGAGACUCAUUCGGAGCCCCAUGAACUGGACAAGCCCAGCUUAGAGGCAACCUCAGAGAUCGUCAGAGCUAUUUCCCAGCCAAAGGAGGAACACAAGCUACACUUGGAAAUGGAAAACUUUGAUGUACCUGCUGCUCAAGAACAAGAAUCAGUUGUCCUGAUUAGGUCUUCCGAUACAGACUAUGAAUCCACAGUUGAGGGAAAUGACAGUCCUGGUAUUCCUAGCCUUCAAAACAUUAUAACAGUCAGUGUUUUGGACGAUGAAAAUGACGAAGCUCAUUCUGACGUCCUUGACUCUGAGUUGCCUGCUGAAUGCAUGGAAGAGGCUAAUCCCUAUCAUCAUGGCAGGCUUCCUCCAGUCAUUUUGGAAAACAUGUCAAACGCUCACACAACUGGUACCAAAAUUCACAGUGACCCACCGAAUGCCCAGGCUGCUCAGCAUCUGGAUGACAGCGUAUCACACCCGCUCAACGAGCAAGACUUGAAUAUUGCCAACACCGCGGACACCGAUCCUACCGUGAACAGCAAAGACCCUGAAGACAUCCCAACGUUUGAUGAGUGGAAGCGGAAGAUGAUGGAGGUGGAGAAUGAAAAAACUCUGUCCACACAUACUUCUACUAAUGGGGGUUCCAAUGUAGUCAAGAAGAUGCAAAAAAACUUCAACAACUAUGCUUCCGUGGAGUGUGGAGCAAAAAUUCUUGGUGCUAAUCCAGAAGCUAAGAGCACUUCGGCCAUAUUGAAGGAGAAUAUGGACUUGUACAUGCUUAAUCCCUGCAGUAAUAAAAUCUGGUUCAUCAUUGAGCUCUGUGAGCCCAUUCAGGUGAAGCAGUUGGAUAUUGCCAAUUUUGAGCUCUUUUCUUCUACACCCAAAGACUUUCUCGUCUCCAUUAGCGACAGAUACCCGACCAACAAAUGGCUCAAAUUGGGAACCUUUCAUGGCCGGGACGAACGCACAGUACAGAGCUUCCCAUUGGAUGAGCAGCUUUAUGCUAAAUAUGUCAAAAUGUUCACCAAGUACAUAAAGGUUGAGCUGCUCUCUCACUUUGGCUCUGAACAUUUCUGCCCUCUCAGUCUCAUUAGAGUGUUUGGGACAAGCAUGGUGGAAGAGUAUGAAGAAAUAGCUGAGCCUUCUGAAAGAGCGGAAGAUCAGGACGAUGACUUGGAUUAUGCAUCUGGCUAUGGACCUGGUGAAGUCAAGUAUUCCAAGAAUCUGAUUGGCUCAGCUAAAGAUGUUAUUUUGAACAUGGUCAAUAAUAUUGCCGUGAAUGUUCUUGGUGGCAACUCGGAAAUGGAAGAUACCCCUCACCGUGUUGCCGUUUUGAUUACUUCAUUUGGAUGUAUGCUUUUACCGAUUCUUCAAGAUGAUAUAUUUGGAAACCUUUCAUCCCAGGGUGUGAUUGGGAAUGGUCCUGGUGUGAAUGAAACGAUAACUUCAACUCCCAUCACCGACCCAUCCGCCGUUACACCAUCUAGUUCAGAGUUGGAUGAGGCAACAUUGUCUCCAGACACAGAAAUCACUGAAACUGGUGCCCCGUCUUCAACAUCCGCUGUUCCAGAACUGCUUCCAGUUGAUAACCGUGACCAGCAGCCUCCGCCACUGGACAAACAAAUUGUUAUACCUUUAGAGUCGGAGGACGAAGAAUCUAUCAGCUCCACAAUCACGCUUUUAGAUAAAGAGGAUGAGUUCGAUGGGGAGAGGGAGAAAAUGGAACAUGCUGAACCACAAAAUGUAGACCUCUGUGCAUUUCUUCCAUGGUUUUCCUCUUGUUCAUGUACGAGCUCCCUUCAGGAGUAUAUGCAGCAACAAUGUCAGGCGCUGCUGUUCAAAAAAAGGAGAUGCCAAUCCGUGGACAGAAAGCAAACGGCUCCUUCCAUCCACACUCCCACUGGGCUCCCACCUUCAUCCUCCUCUGCCUGUCCUGAGCUCAAGACGCAUCACAGUGAGGUACAUCAGCCUCAUGAAAAAGAACAAGCUUCUGGUGGUGAGCCAGAAAGCGGAGCCAGCACGUCAGAAGCACACCAGCCUCCAGAGAACACUCUCAUGGAAGCUCAUGAUGACUCUAUGUCCGAACCGCCUCCGCUGGAGCCCAGUCAGACAUCAAGCCUCCCCAAACCAUCCACCACCGAUUCAUCCGCUGCCAACCCUUCUGUUGUCGAGACUCCACAGCUUUCUUCUGAGGCUCCAGCAAAGCUGCUAAGCUCAGAGGAGACUCAAGACAUAUUGGCUGUGGACAAGCCUACAGAAGCUUCACUACCUCCCACUAGCUCAGUCAUCGGAACUGCAGUCGACGAUGGCAAAGUGACAGCCACAGAAGUAAAGGCCAACAUAGUGAUAUGCGACUCGAUCCUAAAUCCUGAUAUGACAGGUGAGUCCCAGAUUGCUUCUCCUCAUGUACAUCAGUCCCCGGACCCAGCAGUUGUACUCGACAGCGGCACUCUUUCCACUGAGCUAUCCCAGCCUGCUCCACACACAACCAUUGAACUUGAGCUCUCUAGUAGUAGUGCCCCGGUCAUCACAGAUAGCAAAACCGAGGACCUCACAGAAGAUGUCUCUACCCCUGGUCUCCCUCCUUUGCCGUCGACAUCUCCCUCACCGUCCCUCUCAGACAUUUACGCAGAUCCCCCGAAUGGCACAGAACAGAACGGCAACCCGGUGCACGGCUCCAGCCAGAAGGAGUCCGUGUUCAUGCGACUCAACAACCGCAUUAAGGCCCUGGAGAUGAAUAUGUCGCUCAGCGGACGCUAUCUGGAGCAGCUCAGCCAGAGAUAUCGGAAGCAGGUGGAGGAGAUGCAGAAGGCUUUCAACAAAACCAUUAUUAAACUCCAGAACACCUCCAGAAUUGCAGAGGAGCAAGACCAGCGUCAGACAGAGUCUAUUCAGUUGCUGCAAGGUCAGCUGGAGAACAUUACUCAGAUGGUCCUAAACCUGUCCAUUCAGGUCAGCCAGCUGCAGAACGAGGUCUCAGACAGGCACAACUACCUUCUGCUGUGCCUGCUGCUGAGUUUGUGUUUCGGCCUGGCGCUCUUUGCCAACCGCUACCGCAUCUCCGUCACGCCUCCGAAUGCAGAGCCAGAGCCACCCGCAGUAAACAGCUACAGCUACUGCUAUCCCGAGAGGAAUUUCACGUCCGGUGAUGACUGUAGUUUGAAGAGGAGUGCAUCCUACCCACCAAUCCACUCAUUCCAGUUAGUGCCAAGGCAAGGUACCGGUCUCGAAAGUCUUCAUCCCGAGGAGAGUCAAGCGAGCAGAAAGAUCUGUCUAAGGGCAUCAGUGAGCUCCUGUAAAGUCUGAGGAGCGACCUGGCGGCGUCUGAUGGACCGAAACAUUAUGUCCCAGAGGUGUUCUAUCGGGUUUGGAUCAGGUGAUCGUGAGGGCCAUUCAAUUGUGUCAAUUCGUUCAUCCUCCAGAUACUGUCUGCAUACUCUUGCCACAAUAAGCCGGGCAUUGUUGUGGAUCAGGAAGAACCCAGGAGCUACUGCACCAGCGUAGGGUCUGACCAUGGGUGCAAGGAUUUCAUCCCGAUAGCUAAUGGUAGUCAGACUGCCGUUCUAUAGCCUGUAGAGGUCUUUUUGUCCCUCCAUGGAAAUGCUUCCCCAGACCAUCACUGACCCACCACCGAACCGGUCAUGCUGAAUGAUGUUGCAGGCAGCAUAGCGCUCUCCUUGGCUUCUUCAAACCCUUUCACGUCUAUCACAGGUGCUCAGGGUAAACCUGAUCUCAUCUGUGAAAAGCAUAGGGCGCCAGUGGCGGACUUGCCAAUUCUGGUGUUCUAUGGCAAAUGCCAAUCGAGCUCCACAGUGCUGAGCAAUGAGCACAGGAAACACUACAGAACGUCGUUCCCUGAGGCCACCCUCGUGAAGUCUGUUUCUGACUGUUUGGGCAGAGACAUUCACACCAGUAGCCUGCUGGAGGUCAUUCUGUAAGGCUCGGCCAGUGCUCAACCUGUUCCUCUUUGCACAAAGCAGCAGAUAUCGGUCCUGCUGAUGGAAUGAGGACCGUCUACAGCCCUGUCCAGCUCUCCUAGAGUAACUGCCUGUCUCCUGGAAUUUCCUCCAUGCUCUGAAGAUUGUACUGGGAGACACAUCAAAUCUUCUUGCAACAGCACGCAUGGAUGUGCCAUCCUGGAGGAGUUGGACAAUCUACGGAACUUCAGGAGGGUUAAGAAAUCACCGCAAGCUCCCAGUCGUGAUAAUAACUCUAGCUAAAGCCAAUGCUUGUGGAAAAACAGUUAAACAAAAUCAAGAGGGAGGAACUUGAAAUGGCCUCCACCCACAAAAUCAGUCCUGUUUUGGGGACCAUCUCGUUGUUGCCCCUCUAGUGCACCUGUUGUUAAUUCCAUCAACACCAAUGCAGCUGAAACUGAUUAACACCCCCCCUGCCAUGUACCUGACCAAAACCUUAUCAAAAAAGUCUAAUUGAAUUCAUGCCAUACCCUGAUAAAAAACUGUUCCUUUAAUUUUUUUGAGCAGUGUAUGUAUAUAUGUAUAUAUAAGUGUAUAUACACAUGUGUAUAUGUGUACCGUUUUUUUCCAUGUAUAGUGCGCCCCCAUGUAUAGUACGCACCCCUAAAAAUGGCAUGCUGAUGCUGGAAAAAAGCUUGUACCCAUGUAUAAUACGCACCCAAUUUUUAUGAAUUUUUUAAAAAAAAAAAUUUAAUUUUUUUUUUUUUUUUUUUUUUUUUAAGUCCCAAUGAUUGUCACACACGCAGGGAGGCAAUGGGUCCCAUUUUUAUAGUCUUUAGUAUGGUCUUAACUAGGCUGGAUGUAAUUUUUUUUGUUGGCGUUGAUUUCUCCGACUGCCCGUAAACGCACCACCGCGCUCGUGCGCGCACGGGACAGCAAACGAGCAGGUGAUCGAGCAAGCCUUGUCUGAUACGAGAGCAUUGCGGUCGCAUGGAGCGUGUUUGAAGUGAACAGCAGAGACGAAAGGAACAAGGCAAAGUGUUGUGAAAUAAAAUAUUACCUGUAAUACGGAUUUAGGUAGAGAACUGAACUCUCACUCUUUAUAUAGCUGACGUGUCUUGCGCAUCCGUUCUGCGCAUCUGUAAUGGCGGCCUCCGUAUGAUAUCCGGUUUGCGUGUGUGCGCGUGUGUGCGAGAGAGAGAGCGCGAGAGAGAACGCUCAACCGUAGCACGCCGCCGACCGCCCAACUGCACCGCGCUGGUAGCAUUAUUGUGACAGAGCCGUCGCUGAAAUUUAGAAGAUAUUUUUAAAGUCCUGAUGUACUUUCUAAAAUUUAAGUGGACCUCAGUGCGCACUGCGCAGGGAGCUUAAUUUGGUGCGGUCGCGCAACCGCAGCGCGCCGGGCGCUCACUGUCGCAUUGCUUAAAGAGCGCCUUUGUGUUUUAGGAUGAACAGCAGAGACCAAAGGAACAAGGCAAAGUGUUGUGAAAUGAAAUUUUACCUGUAAUACGCAUUUUGUUAUUUGCUGAUUGAAACUGCUAAUUAAACUGUGAAUUGAAACUAAUAGGAAGAAAACAACUCUCGCUCUUAAUAUAGCUGACGUGUCUUGCGCAUCCGUUCUGCGCAUCUGUAAUGGCGGCCUCCGUAUGACGUCCGGUCCGCGAUGGAGAUUAAAAGAUUAAAUAUUUGACAAUAACACACUCUCAAGGAUUGCACCAUCGCAUCAAACGAUGUGUCGUCAAUUAUGUAUUUUACUGACUAAGUGUGUUGGCCAGGAUGGCUGAAUGCGAUGCGCGAUUGACAACAAACAAGAAGAAAGGUGAGUUUUAUUUCGGGGGAGAUUUGUCAUGUCUCGUCCCCAGUUUUGCUAUGUGUCUAGGUUGCCAUAGUUUCUGUUCGCGUCGCCCCUCUCUCCCUGUGUCACCUCAAUCGAUGUAACGUGUUUUGUAUUUGUAUGUCGCUCACCGUUGGAUCGUUGCAUGUGUUACUGUCAUUCUGUUCCUGUCUUUGGUAAUGUCACCCUGUCUUUUUGUUCCACGACUUUGUCGGUCAGUCCUGUUGUUGGUAUUGUUGUACCAUGACUUUCUUUAA